AUGGAGGCUAUUUCAUUCACUAUCUGGAGCUUAUGCUCAACUUUCCUCUUCCUGGCAUUGAUUUUCUUUCUCUUCUUCCGCGAGAAGAUCAAUGCAAACUUGCUUCCUCCAGGGCCAAAACCAUGGCCUUUUAUUGGUUGCCUCCCACAAAUGCUUAGAAAUAAACCUACAUUCCGAUGGAUACACAAACUCAUGGAGGAAAUGAAUGUUGAGAUAAUGUGUAUUCGCCUCGGCAAUGUUCACGUUAUCUCAGUUACUUCCCCUGAAAUUGCUCGAGAGUUCCUGAGGAGACAAGACGCUGUUUUCGCCUCUAGACCUGUUUGCCUGCCCGCAGACAUUGCAAGCGGAGGAUACUUAUCAGCAGCACUUUCACCAAUGGGAGAUCAAUGGAAGAAGAUGAGAAAAGUCCUCACUUCUGAGGUCCUCUCAACUUCUAGACACCACUGGCUUCAUGAUAAGAGAGUUGAAGAAGCUGAUCACCUUAUCCGCUUUGUGUACAACCAGUGUAUGAAUUCCGCGACAGGUGGUUUGGUAAAUGUAAGGGUUGCCGCACAACACUUCUGCGGGAACGUGAUAAGGAAGAUGAUCUUCAACAAGAGGUUUUUCGGGAAGGGAAUGGAAGAUGGAGGACCAGGUGUCGAAGAAGAAGAGCACGUCAAUGCGCUUUUCACUAUCCUUUCUUACCUUUACUCAUUCUGUGUCUCUGAUUACAUACCAUGCAUACGAGGCAUUCUUGAUUUGGAUGGCCAUGAGAAGAUCAUGAGAAAGGCUACCACAAGCGUAAAGAAAUAUCAAGAUCCUCUGAUUGACGACAGGAUCAAACAAUGGAAUGAUGGUACGAAGACAGAGAAAGAGGACAUACUAGAUAUCCUCAUUACGCUUAAACAAACAGACGGUACUCCAUUGCUCUCACGGGAGGAGGUCAAAGCCCAGAUCGUGGAAUUGAUGAUAGCAACAGUGGACAACCCAUCAAAUGGUGUGGAAUGGGCACUUGCUGAAAUGCUAAAUCAACCUGAAACCCUAAAAAGAGCCAUGGCGGAACUGGACAGAGUGGUAGGGAAGGAGAGACUAGUCCAAGAAUCUGAUAUCUCACAGCUCAAUUAUGUCAAGUCAUGCGUGAAGGAGGCCUUCCGCCUCCACCCCAUUGCGCCAUUCAACGUUCCUCAUGUUUCCAUCUCAGACACUACCGUCGGAAACUUCUUCAUCCCGAAAGGUAGCCAUGUCUUGCUAAGCCGCCCUGGACUUGGCCGAAACCCUAGAAUUUGGAAUGAGUCACUCAAGUUCAAACCAGAGCGCCACCUCAAGGACGAUGGCUCGAAAGUAUUGAUCACUGACCCUGACUUGCGCAUGUUAUCAUUCAGCACCGGAAGGCGUGGAUGCGCAGGGGUUACACUAGGGUCUACAAUGACCUCCAUGUUAAUGGCUAGGCUCCUCCAAGGGUUCACAUGGAACUUGCCACCCACUGUGUCACAUAUUGGGCUCAAAGAAUCUCCGGGUGACCUACUUCUCGCUAAACCUCUACUUGCUCUAGCAAAGCCACGGUUGGCUGAGAAUUUGUAUAGUAUUUCACUUUGA